CAACGAACGACUUCUGACGAUUGAUGCAGGAGAAACAGAUUUUGUUUCGUUUUAUCGCAUCAAAUCAAGAUGUAUUCACAGCGCCCAUUAUCAUAUGCUCCAACUCCCUAUAGCUACACACCCAAUCCGGCACGAUCGGCCUCGAUCAAUCUCGAUGAGGAAGUGAAACUGGUGUCUAGCUCGGGUGAACGAGAUCUCUACGAAUCACUUGCCGAAAUAUAUAGCAUCAUAAUCACCCUCGAUGGACUCGAAAAGGCCUACAUCAAAGAUGUGGUCACGGAGGCAGAGUACACUGAGACCUGCACGAGACUCUUGAAGCAAUACAAGUCCAGUCUAGGCGACGAAUCCGUCUCACGAGAAUUUGUCGAUUUGGAAACAUUCAAGAGGACCUGGGGCUUGGAGUGUCCUCGCGCAACCGAACGACUUCGGAUUGGUCUCCCAGCGACCGUCGAACAAGCCUCACACGGCGCGCCACAAACAAAUAGCACGGGAGCCGGAGGUGGUGUUGGUGGUGCAUCGGGCAGUCUCAUCCUGGCAGCGACGGAGAACUUUAUCACGUUCCUCGACGCAUUGAAGUUGAAUAUGGUCUCGAAGGAUGCGUUGCAUCCACUGCUAUCGGAGGUCAUUCAGUCGGUCAAUAAAGUGACGGACGGAGAAUUUGAAAACCGUGGCAAGAUCAUUCAAUGGUUGAUAGCACUCAAUCAGAUGCGGGCAACGGAAGAGCUUAGUGAAGAUCAGGCGAGGGAACUUGCAUUUGACAUUGAGCAGGCCUAUCAAGGGUUCAAGGCAACAUUGAACUAAGCCUGCCACAUGCAUUCUGAAUGGCGUUAAGUUGAGUUAUGAUUAUGUGAUUGAUGAUAGAUACCACUCUAGUUUAUCGCUUCGAAGCAUCUUUACUUCCAGUUUGGAUAAACUUGCCAAUUUUGGAC